AUGGCACCGCUGCUACCAACAAUUGCAGCUGGUGCCCGCACUCUGCUCACGCGUGCCAUGAGCUCAUCGGCCACCAGUGAGAAGCUUGACGGGCGCUCUCCAGUCGAUCAUCUCGGACCACUCCAGGUACGCUCGCUACUACUCGCCCGUGAUGAUGCCUCAUCUACAGACGUGGACCCGUCGCGCGGCGUCAUCGAUCCGCACAACAUCAACAACAAUGCCAUGUUUGCCCUGUUUGCCCUGAUUGGUGUUGCCUUUGUCGUGAUCGGCAUCUGGUUCUUCUUUUGGGCCAAGAACGGCGGCUUCUACUUCCAGGAAAAUGACUGGGACGAUUACAAGUCCACCGUGCUGCGCCGUACGGGACCUAACGGCACCAUCCUCAGCAAUGCGACCAAGAGCACCAAGCUGGGCGGCGGUAGCAUCUACAAGGAUGUCGACGACGGCAUGACCGAGUAUACGGGUGGCCUUACGCAGCUCAGCGGCGACACAGGUUCCACACUAUCGGGUAUCACAGCCGGGCCAAGCGACAUUGGCGCCCGAGAGAAGCGUGCGGCCAAGAAGGAGAAGAAGAAGUUGGAAAAAGAGAGGCGCGAGCGUGAGAAGGAGAAGAAGAAGGACCGCAAGUCGCGCAGCGGCCGCAAGGUCGGCGAAGAUGGCGCGCUGGUUGACGAGAUGGCCGAAGCCGAGGCCAAGGAUGCUAUGCGCCAGUAUCGCCAUGAGCGACCCGCUCGUGUCGGUGGCCUGAACAAGGAGUCCGAGGGUAGCCAGUGGGACGGCUCGACCAACCCCAGCGAAUCCACCGCCGGCUCGACCCUGCUGAGCGAUCGCCAGAGCACCCCGACCAACACACCCGAGAAGAAAUCAGCUGGUAUCCGAAAGGUCUACAGUGUCGCGGAUCGGAAUGCGGCACGAGAGCAGGAGCGUAUCCGAGCCGAGGCGCGCCGACUCCAAGAGAAGGGCCGCGCAGCUAGCCGGCCUGGUCGAGAGUUUAGUUUCAGACACGGCGACUCCAUUGUCGAGGAGAGUGUUGGACGCAGCUCACGUAGCGAGAUUACGAGCAGCAGCUAUCUGAUCGCAGAGGAGGAGGAAAGCGACCUCGGCACCAAGUCUUAUCACCACGUCAUUCCUGGUCUCUCGAGCAGUCAGGGCGGCGGCACAGAUGUCGUUGACUAUGCCGAUGAGAGAAGAAAGAGAAGAGGUGCUGGGUACCGUAGAGAGCGCCGGGAAUAG